CGCUCGAACGUCCACGUGGUCGUCGACGGCUGGCUCGCAGCGCUCGUCUUGCUCCAGGACGACGAAGCGUGCGUGCGCGAAGCGAUUCGCGCGACGGUCGCGCCAUUGGUCACGUCGGUCCACGCCGCGCCGUCCGACAUGAUGGUGCUUCCGUACGCAGUCGCCUACUUGGCGCAAACCUUUGGCCACGUCGAUCGUCUCCAAGAAGCGGUGGGUAGCUACUUGACGACGUACACGGCCCUCUUCCCGCGCCUCGACGAGUGCAUCAGUGCGUCCGACGGCCAUGCGUACAAUGUGCUCUGCGACAAGAUUUUCGAGGCUGAGAGCGGCAACUACUUCAAGGAGCCCGAGCUGCUCGUGCAGCUCUUUGCGCAGCAUUUCGUGCACACGGGCAAGGUCCGUCUUCCGACGCUCUUGUCCGAUCUCGAAGCGUGUUUGGUCCGCUGGGCGGCCGCGAGCGCACUGCACCAGCAGGCGUGGGUUGGCGGCACGACUUUCUUUCCGGACGUCUUUCCGCUCUUCCAUAAUGCGGUGGUGGUCGCGAUUGCGCAAGUGCACGCGACGAACGAGGCGCAUGGCGCGCUGCAAGCGAUUGCGCACAAGGUGCUCGGGACCGAGACGCACAACAUGCACCCGCUCUUGUGCCAAGCACUCACGGCAUUGGCGGCCGGGGACGAUUCCUUGGCGCCUCUGCUCUUCCUGACGCCGUCCUGGGCGAGCAAGCACCAGAUUGUGGCGGAAUAG